AUGGCAUUGCAAGGAGCAGAAAUCAGAAUAGAGCAAGUCUCCAAAGACUUCCCAUUUGGAUCCGCCAUAGCCAGCACCAUUAUAGAAAAUCCACCAUAUCAGAAAUGGUUCCUGGACCGAUUCAACGCUGCCGUUUUCGAGAACGAGCUCAAAUGGGACGCGACCGAGCCUGCGCGUGGGCGCGUGAACUACACCACCCCGGACCAAAUGCUGGCUUUCGUCCGGGCCAACCGGAUCACGGCCCGCGGCCACAACAUCUUCUGGGAGAACCCGGAGUACACUCCCGGGUGGGUCCGAAACCUAUCGGGUCCGGAUCUGGGGUCGGCCGUGUGCGACCGGGUCCGGAGCCUGCUGACGCACUACCGGGGCGAGUUCGUCCACUGGGACGUCAGCAACGAGAUGCUCCACUUCGACUUCUACGAGCGGCGUCUUGGGCCCGCGGCGGCGCUGGGGCUGUUCGCGGCGGCCCACCGGGUCGACCCGCUGGCCACGCUUUUCAUGAACGAGUUCAACGUGGUGGAGACGUGCGGCGACGGCAACUCCACGGUGGACGCUUACGUGGAGAGGCUGAGGGGGCUGAGGGCCGGUGGGGUUUUUAUGGAUGGGAUUGGGCUGCAGGGACAUUUUGAUGAGCCCAAUGGGCCGCUUAUGAGGGGGGUGAUUGACAAGCUCGCGACGCUGGGCCUGCCCAUUUGGCUUACAGAGGUGGAUAUUAGCGACAAGUUCAGCAAGGAGACACAGGCGAUCUACCUAGAAGAAGUUCUGAGAGAAGGCUUCUCACAUCCUGCGGUCGACGGCAUAAUUCUCUGGUCGGCCAUUCGACGAGGCGGCUGUUACCAAAUGUGCCUCACAGACGGUGACUUCAACAACCUCCCGGCUGGCGAAAUUGUCGAUAAGCUCCUAAAAGAGUGGGAAACCGGAAAUUUGGAGGGAAAAACCGACGAGCAUGGUUCUUACAGCUUCAUCGGGUUCUUGGGUGAUUAUAAAGUCACAGUAGGUUAUAGAAACAACACGGUCGGCUCGACUUUUUCGCUCUCUAGAGGAAGGGAGACAAAACAUUUUAACAUGCAGUUGUAA